AUGCCUUUUCCUACUCCUGUUCGCCGUGCGGCCUACCCCGAGUACAAGAGCCCCUAUGGCCCUAAGUACCAAUUCCAGCCCCAUGUUGGCACCAUCACCGCCAAGACUGUGACCAACCUUGGUGUCAAGGCCGGCCUUUUCGGCGGCGUUGCCCUGUUCACUGUCAUUUUCUUCACCUCCGGCGUUCCCAAGGUCUACAACGAUGUUCUCGGCAACAUCCCUGUCGUUGGUGCUUCUCUCCAAAACUUCUUCACCAAGAAGGUCCACCCCGCCGACAACCCGUUCUAA